GCUGAAGCGCUUGGAGCUGGAGAAGCAGCUGCAGAGUGCCAGCGUCUCCAGGACGAGGAUGGAGCAGCUGCAGGAGAGGAUCGGCGAGCUGGAGCAGGACAGAGACCUGCUGAAGGACAGCAACGAGAAGCUGCUGAACAGCGCCUUUGACGUCUCUCAGCAGGAGAAAUGGCAGCUUCAGGAGCAGCGGCUGAAGCUUCAGAUCUCUCAGCUGGAGACGGCGCUCAAGGCCGACCUCGUCGACAAAAACGAGAUCCUCGACAAAGUCAAGGCCGAGAGAGACACAAACGAGAAGCUGAAAGAAGCAAAUCAGAAGCUGGAGGUGCAGUUCCUGCAGCAGAAGCAGCAGCUGGAGGAACUGAACGAGCAGCUCGAGUUUUACAGUCGGGUGAGCAGAUGAAUCAAAUCCUCUCGCCUGCUGCAGGUUUGGUGUGUGUGACAUCACCGUGCUCUUCACAGGGGAGCGACUACGACGUGGCCGAACUCACCGAGGCGCUGCUGCUCGUCAAAACACGUAAAUCCCAGAGGAGUGGAGAUCUGGACUUCCUGAGGGAGGCGGAGGAGGAAACGGGCGGCACCAGCAUGGAAAACGCCAUUAAGGAGCUGCGAGCCGCUCACGCCGAAACCAUCCAGGAGCUGGAAAAGACUCGCAGCCUCCUGAGCACGGAGAGCCGGAUCAGCCAAGGCUACAAGGCCGAGCUGGACGCCGCGCUACGCAAGAUGGACGCCGACAAACUCGAGUACGAGCAGAAGCUAGAACGCCAGGCUCAGCUGCUGGACGCCAGGGCAACGAAGAUCAGGAAACUGGAAGCUCAGCUCAGAGACAUCGCCUACGGGACCAAAACCUACAGCGUCAAAGCGGACGCCACAGCCGAGGACGACGAAUCUGGUGAAGCGCUUCACCUGGAGAGUGGAGAAAACCUGCUGGAGCUUCAGAUAGUAGGCGUCACGCUGUCUGGCUCUGCCCUGCAGAUGCUGGGCGAAGCUGAGCCCGCCACCUUCUGUACGUACGCCUUCUACGUGUUCGAGCUGCACGCCACACCGGUGGUGACGGGCCGCAGUCCGAAAUACAACUUUACUUCUGAGUACGUGGUUAGCGUGGACGAACGCUUCCUCGACUACCUCCACCGGGGCGCGGUGAGGGUGGAGCUGCACGAAGCGCUCGGUCUGGACUGGAGGACGCUGGCAGCCGGCGAGCUUCGUCUGCAGCAGCUGCUGGAACAGGACGGGAAGGUUCACGGCAGCGUGGCGCUCGUCGGGUCGCGUGAUGAGGCGCGCUGCUUCGGCUCCUUGGAGUUCUGGCUCAGGCUGAGGGUGCCCAUGACGGAGACGCUGCGACUGUACCGAGAGAAGAUGAAGGCGCCUCCGCCAACGACCGGCGACUGGAACGAGCUCUUCAUCACCGUCCGCCGCUGCUCCGGCCUUCAGCCGCGAGACUCCUGGCAGCCGAGCCCCUAUGUCGUCUACAAGUUCUUUCACUUCCCCGACCAUCCCACCGCCACCGUUCACAACCGCCAGGACCCCGACUUCCAUGACCUCAGGUCGUACUCCGUCUCGAUGGAUGCGGACCUGGACCGGUACCUGAAGUCGGAGCUCCUUCAGUUCUACGUGUUCGACUACAAAGAGAAGCAGAUGGACACGUACCUGGGGAAGGCCCGAGUCCCUCUGAGGACGCUGACCCACGACGAGAGCCUCACAGGUGUGUUUUCGCUGGCCGAUCCCUCUGGACUCCCCGCCGGGAACAUCGAAGUGACUCUGAAGUGGAAGGUCUCCUACAUCCACCCGGUGGACGCCAUGGAGGACGAGCCCAGGUUUACUCCUGUGGAGGAAGCAUCAGAGGCCAAACAACAGCCGGAGGGCAAGGAGGCCCGCCGCUAUCGCGCCGAAUCUCAGGCCCCGCUGCCCAAACCAAGACUGAAGACUCAGGUGAAGGGAACGCCACCUGCCAAAAAAGUCACGUUUGUAGAAGGGACGGCCGCCAACCAACAGCUGGACGCGUCGAGCUCAGCGGCCCGGGAGGCGGAGACUCUACCUGCAGCACCUGUACAGGUUUUGUCCAAAGGUGCCGGAGAGGAAGAGGACGAUGAAAGAGAGUCUGACAUCUCUGAAGGACAGCUGGUCACAGGGAGCGCUGCGUCGUACUCUGAUGACUCUGAAAUCUCUGAGGAAAUCAUCGAAGAUGUGGAGGACGUCCCAGCAGCUGCAGAGGCUCAGUCUGACAGCGAUGACUGCAUCGUGCCCGGAACGGCCACGGCGAGGAAGGUAUCGGAGCGAGUGCGGGUGGAGAUUGUGUGUCUAAGCCUGAGGGCGGAGUCUCAGGUGGCACGGGACAGCAGCGUGGUGCGGCUCUUCGUCGAGUACUCCUUUCUGGACCUGCCCACGGAGGAAACGCCGCUGUCUCUGCCCAAACCGCCACUGGGCCGCAGCAUCAACUACAACUACAGCAAAGUCAUCCCCGUGGACGCUGAGAGGAACGCGGCGAGGAGGCACCUGCUGAGGGGAGUCCUGCAGGGACGAAAUCCUCACAUGGAGAGAAUCCGGUUCACAGUGGUGAGCGAGCCUCCAGAGGAAGAGGAGCAGGAGAGGGAGUGUGAGGAUGUGGGCGUGGCCUUCCUGAGCAUCCCUGACAUCCUGGAGAAACAGCGAGACGUGACGGAGGAGCGUUUGAGCG